AUGGACGUCGGGGGACUGCCAUGCAGCCUUGAUGAGGACUGUGUGAAAGCACCGUCCGAAGGGAGAAUGCGGGACUUCCUGUCAUUCCUCGACCAGACAGCAUCAAAUCCCCUCCAAUGUAACGGCCGCCCGCCAAAGGAGUCCAACUCCCCAGGCGAACCUGCCAGCACUGCAGAUCUUCUGUCCAAAAUAUCUGCUCUGGAGGUUGAACUUGAGGACAAGGACCACAAUCUUAAGGCCUUCCAAGAGCUACGGGAACGCGAGAAGCUCCAAGAAGAGCGGCUGCGGAAAAUUGCCUGGAACUCAUGUUGGCCCUCCGGUUGGCGGUCUCUGCAGGAAAAGUACGAACAGCAGUGCAGAAAACAACAGGAGUUACUGAGUCAACUGCAAGAUGAAAAGAAAGACUUGGCCACUCGCUGUGAGCGACUGUCAGACGAAAUGCGUGAUUUGGAGCGGAGGUUUCGAACCAAAGCAGCAGAGAUGCACAGGCAGUACGGCAGGGAAUUGGAGCGUCAAAGGAGAGCUUUCCUUUCCGGCGAAAAGAUGAAGAAACAACUGGAAGAAGAAUUGGCGACACAGAAGGUUGCAUUGCAGAGGCAAAUGGAGGAGGCGUUUGAGGUGGAGAGGAUUCAACACAGACAAGAAAUGAGGACGCUUAAGGAGACCUACGAAGCCGAAGUUGCAAAAGAACGUGAGGCAUUGGCAGCGAAGCAAAAGCAACAGACCGCUAAGUUGGAGGCGCAGCUAACAGAAGGAAAGAAACGUCUGCAAGGGGAAAUAACAAAGGCGAGGGAAGAAGAACAAACACGUAUGAAGGAAGUGACGUCGCAAUUACUCGCACAGCUGGAGCAGCAGCGCAACAAACAUUUGAAAGAGUUGCAGCAGGUAGAAGCAGCAGCGAAGGAGAAGGAAAAGGAAUUACUUUUGCAAAUGAAGGAAGCCAAAGAAGCAGCGAUUCAUGAGGCGACAGAACAAACGAAAAAGGAAAUGCAGGCAAGAGCCCACAAGAAAUUAGACCAUAUAUUGGAGAGGUUAAGUGAAGAGCAAUUGGCAGUUCAAAACCAACAAGAGAAAACUUGGAUCGAAAAAAUGCAAAAGCGAGAAAAGGAAUUCGAAGAAUGCAAAAAUAUAUUCGAAAAACAUUCAGAAAAAUUAAAAAAUGAUUUAAAGGCAGAGGCGGAAAGUCGCCUGGCUUUAGAGAAACAAAUAGCACGAAUGGAGGCUGAGGCAGAGAUGAAAGAAAAAGAAUUAACAGAAUUAAAGGCAAAAAUAGAAGGGAUCAACGCAAGAGGAGAAGUAAGAAAAAACGGCAAAGGAAAAGAAAUCAGAAACACAAACAAAGAAACAGAAAAACAAACAACUCAGGAAAAGGCGACACAAAUGUAA